AUGAGCAAAGGUGGCAGUGUUAGCGUGGCCAUCUUAUGCCUGGCGGCUUCAGUUGUAUCAGUUGUCGUGAUGUCUGUGUUGGUACACGAGUCGGAAGCCGUGACUUGCGACCCUACCCAGCUCACCCCGUGCCUUGGGGCCAUAACCGGUGGCAAUCCCCCAUCAGCCGAGUGUUGCAACAAGCUGAAAGAGCAAGUCCCUUGCUACUGUGGCUACCUCAAGAACCCUGUACUCAGGCCCUAUAUUGAGUCGCCAGGCGCAAAAAGGGUUGCUUCAACUUGUGGCAUCACCAUAUCCAACUGCUCAUCCAAAUAA